AUGCCAGCCACACCGUCACGGGCAUCCUCGGGUGGCGCCACGAGGCGGGUCUCUUUUUUCCAUGCAUCGAGCGGCCUUUACACACCGUUGAGCAUCGCCCGGUCAACGAGGAUGUCCGGCACAUCAUCGCACAAGUCGCCCAAGGACGCAGAGAGGGAGAAGGUACGCCAAUGUGCAAACACACUGGGGCAGGCGGGCGCCACUACUGCUGCUGCUGCUUCGGCGGUGCAGGACUCCCCAUCGGUCGCAGGGGAGAGCCAUGCUUCCCAGCCGGCACAUGUCUCUCGCUGUGCCCGUGGUGCGAGCAGCUCUCGCCCCUCAUGCCAGCCCCUCCCCGAAGAGUAUCAGCGCCGGAAAAUUGAAUCGCCUUCUUCAAGCCGCGUUACAAUGCAGCUGGAGUUCUCCCUUGAGAAUACGCCGCUGGCGGGCACAAGGCCUCCUCCAGUCUGGCGCGAAUCAUCGCUAUUCACGCCUCCUCGUGGUAGCCGGAACUCCCUCGCGAACCUCCCCACCCCCUCUAGGCGGAUCGCAACAGUGAGCGACGCCAGGAACAGCGUAUCCACGCCUGGGAGCAACCCGUACACGGAUGUGGAACGGGAGAUAUCGAACCAGAGACGGCGCCACGCUGUGGUGCGGUACUUCUUCGUAUCCCACGAGGGAGCCAUUCGACUUAACAUUCGGCUGCAGCAGCUUUUGAAGUACCGAGAUCUCUGCGAAGCCGAGUGGCACGAACGCCUACAGGUACUACCGCCUGAGGAGGCCAGUGUUGCUGCGCACUCCACUGCCCGUAGUGGUCGUGCGACUGAGACUGAGCGCGAAAUCGAGCGAGUGCAGGCAGCUCUGGCGCGCCUAGCUACCUCCUCGCUGGAGCUUGCGGAGACUUUGGAGGGCAUGGGCGGCUUAUUGACGCCAUUGCAGUUGGCGCCACGUUCCCAUCAUGCAACGACCGCAAUCCAUGGAAAUCACAUCUCCUCUGCAGCUGACGUUGGGCAUGCAGGAGAGAAAGGCGCUAAGGGUGGCGAGCGGUCUUUCAAUGAAGACGCCCCUGCAGCCGCCAGGAAGGCAGGUGAGAAGCAGCCCCCAGUCCAACAGUCAGUAGACACCUCAGCAUCAUCCAUGACGACAAGUCUCUCCACCACGUUUGAGACGGACGGCAGCUACUCGCUCGUGGAGUCUCCGAGGACCACUACAGUGGACGAAGCGGCGAGGCAGCACCCUCCGUCACAGCCACACAUAUCCAUGGCGGCGUGGCGUAACAAUCGAAAGGAUGACCUGCCGGUCGUGGAGCGGACGGCAAGGAGCGCAAAGCCUUCACAGACGGAGAGUGCCAGAGCAACGGCGAGUCACGGCAUCACGCCACGCAACAGCACCGCUGCAUCUGAUUUCAUGCGUGCCUCCAUGGCGGCAACACCGAAGGUCGCGGUGGAAAGUGCUGCAGCCACGGACACAAAGACGCGGCCAGGUCAGCCGCCUUUCUCUUCCCCUCGAAGGAAGGCAGCGAGCACAACAGACAGCGAAAUAAGAGAGGUAGCUGCUGCGAAGGCUACGCCACCGCGGCGCAUGGUCAUCGAUUGUACCAGUGUCUCCCCUCCAAGGAGCGAUCACCGCACGACAGAGUCGUGGCUGCGCCGAGCUGCUGCACCGCAUCACCUUGCCUCGGCACCUCCACAACAACCGCCGUCGUCGCUCUGUUUCACGAAAGCCACCGUAUCAUCAGCAGUAUCGGUCAAACUGCAGCAUCUGAGCGGCGCCACCGCGUCACGGGCUAACGUUCUCGCGGGAGCUCCAGAUCGCCGGACCCCGGUGCGCGCGCAGGGGCAACUGACAUCGCCAUCUCUGACGGACUCGCCGCUGGCACGCUACCGCGCCAAGCAAGGCUACCGAAACCCAGAAAGGCACUUCUCCUCGCAGGUCGCAGACGCGCCUCGGCAAACCGCUUCCGCCACACGCAGCCCAGCACAACGGGCAGCCGCCACCGGUCAGCCGAGUGGAAUGUGGGAUCGAGAGAGGAGCGCCGGCCCUGUGGCUGCAACGCGGGUUUCCGGUGCGACAGGACAUGCCACCCUCCACGAAGAUCCGGCUGCACUCAUGCAGGAGCGACGGCGACGUGGGCCUGUGAGGAAUGAGGGAAACCCCGACGCAUUUCAAGAGAGGUCUGCCGUCCAAUCGCAGGACAAAACGUCGACGUCGAUGGGGCGAUGGUCCGGUACACUCUGCGCCUCAGCAGCGAAGCCCUCCUUGAUGCCGUCGCCGAGGCCAAGCGAAUCGAGGGUACCGGCUCGCAAGCCGCCCUUGGAGAGCGUUCAUUCCUGGGCUGCUUCAACCGGAUCCUCGCCGCCGCCGCACUCGCGUGCCUCCGAUGUACCUACGACGGGACAGUCGACAGAACCCACCGCCGUUGCCUCCUCUACAAUAUUUUCUCAUCCCCCAACAAACACCUCACACCUGUCACCAUCUGAUGCUCGGCAGCAGGGGUCAAAGAUCCCCACGGCAUCGGCUUCUGCGCUUGGCAGGGGAAGCGCGACGCCAUCUACGAAUGCUUCGGCGGCGUACGCGCUGACCGGCUCAGCGAUCUCAGCAACGGACUGGAAUGUACCAUUCCGAGGCGCAGAUGUGGCGGGGCCAUCCGCCUCUGUGCCACCGAACCAAGAGCUGCCCUCCGACGAGAUGGCCUCUUGGUUCCCUGCCGAUUCUGCCGUUGAGUCCACCGGCGAUGCCGUGAGUCUCCCAGAUGUCGAGUCGUGGCCCGUCGGCGAGCCACAGAGGGCAGAACAGAACGCUGAGGUUAGUGCAGGCGGCCUGCUGCGAGGAACCACACAUGGGAGAAGCACCGAGCCGCGCAUGGAGGGGUGCCAUUCGAUCUGGGACAAAGUUAGGGCGCUGGAGGACUGUGUCGUGGACCUGGAGAGCCGCACCAGGUCUCUGGAGAAGAAUGCGGAGAAGCGUGCAGUGCUGGAGGUCAUUGAGCACCUAAAGGCGCGCGUCGGUGUGUUGGAGGAGCGCACCACCUUACUAGAGCAGCGGUCGAGCGCUUCACACCUGCGCAUCCACUGGGAGAAAUCGUAG